AUGUUGGAUUCAGAAUCCGGACCGCUCGGGACCGUCGCCAACACGUUCGAGGAGCUCGAACCGGAGUACGUGAGGCACUACGCGCAAGUUAAAGGGAAAAAGGUUUGGUGCAUUGGGCCCGUUUCAUUGUGCAACGAGGAUGAGUUGGAUAAGGCCCAACGUGGAAAACGAGCCUCGGUCGAUGAGCACGAGUGCCUGCAGUGGCUCGGUUCCCAAGAACCGGGCUCGAUCGUUUACGUCUGCCUCGGGAGUAUGUCCCGUCUGGCCGCCGCUCAGCUCGUCGAGCUCGGUUUAGGGUUGGAGGGUUCUGGCCGGUCAUUCGUUUGGGUCGUGAUGAACGUGCCGGAUGAGUUCGAAAAGUGGUUCGGGGACGAGAAGUUCGAGGAGAAGGUUAAGGGGAGGGGGCUUUUGAUCCGCGAGUGGGCCCCGCAAGUGUUGAUACUCGACCACCCGUCAGUCGGGGGUUUUCUGACGCACUGCGGGUGGAACUCGACGCUCGAGGGGGUGGUGGCGGGGGUGCCGAUGCUGACGUGGUCGGUGUUUGCGGAGCAGUUUUCGAACGAGAAGUUCAUUUUGAGUGUUGCGAAAACCGGGGUGAGGGUGGGAGUCGAGGUGCCGGUUGCUUCCGGAGAGGAAGAGAAGGUGGGAGUUCAGGUAAGGUCGGAGGGGAUUAAGGCGGCAAUCGAGGAGUUGAUGGAUGGAGGAGAGAGAGGGGCGGAGAGGAGAGAAAGAGCUCGGGAGCUCAGGAAAAUGGCGAAGAGGGCUAUUGAGGAAGGGGGCUCAUCGUACAUUAACUUGACGCGGCUUAUAAAUGACGUCUCUCUAAGGGGGGUUGAUGAUUGUGGUGAUGAAUAUGGGAAUGGUGAAGUGAAAAAGUUGGAUCAAUGA